AUGGAAACAGGGAGGGGAGGGGAAACGGAAUUUCUGCCUCUGCAUGACUUGACAAAUUCUUGCUCUAGGCUCAACACAGUUGCCUGGGCAACGGAUCAGCAGACGUGUUUUAGCUUUAGUGAGCAUGCAGACGGGGACAGCCGAGAGCGCUUGAGGAGGCUGGCAGGAUUGAACGGCCCAGCGACAACUUUUCCUGAGAGGAAGCAAAGUUUGUUGGAGGGAAAUCUUGACGCGAUGGGUGAAGAGAUUCAAAUGUCGGUUCCACCAGAAGACGAUUGGCUAUACUGGAAGAUUCAUGCUGACGCUGUUUCCGAGGCAAUCUCCUUCAGUUCCGGUGAAAAGGUUCUGAGCUUUCGUCCGUCAAACGACGGACAUCAUCAGAGCGAGGUAGCAUCGUCACAACAAAAUUCAAGCUAA